ACAACACUACAGUAAUGGGUAAUAAUUAUUAAUAAUAGGUAUACGUAAACGCACUGCCUACCAACCACUGUUACGACAUGAUUGCGUUACACCACUUGUUGAUCCAUUUUAACAUUAUUAUUAUAGCUGAAUAAUAAUAUACUCUACAGGGUGUAUGACCCUACAAUAGUAAUGAAACACGCUCAAAACCACCACGGCGACAAUGUCAAAGUUCUUAUACUUCCUUCCGUUCAUCGUUCAUCGUUUUGAUAGUGUGAUGUGUAAUGACCAUAGUAUUAGUAUUUUAGUAACGUGAUUUAUAUGUUUUUACUACGUAUUAAAAUUGAUUAAAAUGGCAGAAUAUGCAGAGUACCGGCAAAAAACCUUGGAUAAUGUUUUAAAUUUUAACUAUGGUAUCGAGUUAUUCCCUGGUUCAAGUCAAAAUCCGGUAAUUAAAAAAAAUACUCGGGAAGAAGCUUUGAUUAAAUUAAAAAAGUUGCUCAGGAGUAAUGGAUUUGCCUUUCUAGCCGAAAAUAAUAAAGAAGGAUUUAUAAUGAUGUUCUUAUAUGCACGGAAAAUGAAUGAGAGGAACGCAUUGAUUUUGAUUCAAAAUUAUUAUCAAUUUAGAAAGGAACACGAUCUAUGGUUCCGUCGAUUAGAACCUUUUGAUCCUAAAAUCCAAAUGGCUAUUCAAGAUGGUUUUCCUUCUGUACUUUCAAAUUUAGAUAGACGAAGCCGUCGUGUUCUUUUUAUGGUUUGCUCCCAAUGGAACAUUGAACGUUAUUGCUUACUGACUAUAUACAGAGCAAUAUUAGUAUCUCUGGAACAUUUGAUCCAAGAUGUGAAUACUCAGUAUAACGGUUUUGUAUUUAUUGUUGAUUGGACCAAUUUUACUGCUCGUCAGACAAUGAACAUCAGUCCAAGAUUGUUACAUGUAAUGUUACAAGGAUUACAAGACUGUUUUCCUGCAAAAAUAAAAGCUGUCCAUUUUAUCAACCAACCGUGGUAUAUUGAUGGCCUAAUGUCCGUCGUUAAACCGUUUUUAAAGGAAAAAACAAAAAAUAAAAUAAUUUUGCAUGGUUUGAAUUUGAAUACUCUACAUGAAUACUUUCCAAGAGAUGUUCUGCCCUCAGAACUAGGUGGCGAACAACCUCCAUAUGAUUCAAGGAUUUGGUUAAAAAGUCUUUUAGGGUCUUCUUUGGGAGUUGAUUUAUAAUUUUAUAUUAUUACAUUGACAUUUAAUUCACAUUCAUUUUCUUAGCGAGGACAGGUCUAAAUAUUUGUAAUUAUAAUAUUUAUUAUACAUAUUGUAUUAUAUUAUUAUAUCAUUAUGUUUAUAUAAUUUACACAGAACAUUUUUGUUCUGUGACCAUAAAUUAUUAAAGUUUUAUUUUGUUAUUGGUGCACGUACAAUUUUAAAUUUCAUACUCUGUAAUUUAACAUAGGUGGAGGUCUUGUUGAAUUUCAACUAUGGAAAUAUUUAUUAGACAUUAUUACUGGUAAUGAACUGAUUUUAAUACAUCACAAUAUUUAUUAUUGAGUAUAAUUUUAACUUUUCUUGUACAGACAUUUUUUAUUUUUUAUUAUGAUUACAUACGGCUGAAACUGUGAUACAUUUUACGUCUAUUCCAAAAGCACUUAGGUAUCUCAAUAUAGUUUAAUAAUGUAGUUAAAUUACUUAAAUAUGUGAUGUCAGUAUUAAUAUAUUAGAUGAAUGGACCAAUGGUGC